AACCGCUCUGCCAAACAGCGCAACAUAUUUCAUUCAUAAAUCAGCUGUCGCCGGUAAGGAAGCGUCUCAGUCAACCAUGGAAAAAGUGUUUUUCGGUAAAAUUGUGCACUCCAAGUCGUUCGACGAGCUGGAAGUGAUUCCCGAUGGAUACCUAGCUGUUAAGGAUGGAAAAAUUGUUGCUGUGGGGCCGAAAGUUGACUUUGAAUCACUCGCCGGAAAAGAUUCUUUCGAGCAAAUCACUCUCUCCGAAUCUCAAUUCCUGCUGCCGGGUUUCAUCGAUUGCCAUAUCCACGCACCGCAGGCACCGAAUAUUGGUCUUGGAUUGGACAAGGAUCUGUUGGGAUGGCUUAAGUCUUAUACCUUCCCACUGGAGUCGCAGUACAAGGAUGUCGGGUUUGCCCACCAGGUUUACAGUGCCGUAGUGCGUGAUACGCUCGCGAGUGGCACCACUUGUGCAUGUUAUUUCGCUACGAUCUACAACGAAAGCAACAAAGUGCUGACUGACGAAAUCAUUCGUCAAGGUCAGCGUGCUUUCGUGGGCAAGGUUUCAUCGAAUCGUUUGUGCCCGGAUAACUAUAUCGAAUCUGGAACGGAAGACUCUGUUCGAGACAAUGUUGAAUUCAUCGAAUAUGUAUUGGAGAAGAAUGUGGAUCGCGUGAAACCGAUCAUUACUCCACGAUUCGCCAUCACCUGCGACAUGGAGUUGAUGAAGAAGCUUGGCGAGUUAGCCGAACGGUACAACUUGAACAUCCAAUCGCACAUUUCGGAGAGCUUGGGUGAAGUGAAAAGCGUGAAAGAUUUUUAUCCUGCGAACAAGCACUAUUCGGACGUUUACGACGAAGCAAAGCUUCUGACGAAGCGUUGCGUGAUGGCACAUGGAGUCCACUUGGAGGAUGAAGAGUUGAAGGUUCUGAGCGAGCGGGGUACUUCGGUUGCUCAUUGUCCGUGUUCGAAUACGAAUUUGGGCUCCGGAAUGUGUGACGUCAAGCGACUGUUGGCUGCCAAUGUGAAAGUUGGCCUGGGAACGGACGUAUCCGGUGGCAACCGAAUCGCUAUAUACGAAGUGAUGCGAGCUGCCUUGGAUGUGUCUCACCAUUUGAAUAUGAUGAAAAAGCAGGAUGUCAAAGGAACCGGAAGGGUAGCAGCCGGUACGAAAGCCAACGAGGAGUAUGUGCCAUUGAACUACAAGCAAGCCGUUUAUCUGGCGACGCUGGGCGGAGCCGAAGCUAUGGCAAUCGCCGACAAGGUAGGCAACUUUACCCCUGGCAAGGAAUUCGACGCUCUGCUCGUUGAUGUUUCGCUAUACCCAACCAAUCGUUACCAGCUACCAGCGGUUCUAACUCAGGAAAAAUCACCCGAAGAGCUGCUACUGGAGCUGGUUCAAAAAUUCGUCUACGUCGGAGAUGACCGUAACAUCCUCAGGGUGUUUGUCGCCGGUCAGCAGGUCAAAUAGUGCUAUCCAAGAUAUCGUUUGCAAACUAUGCUAAAUACAUUCCAUCCGCAUGAUCAAAUCAAAAAAAGGGGAAUCUAAAACUUGUUAACCC